AUGUCUUUCAAUACUGGCACGUUUGGGGGCUUUGGCUCUGGGAAUCAGCAGCAGCAAGGAACUGGGUUUGGAGCCGGCACGACAUUCGGUGGCUCUUCAACUGGAACUGGCUUUGGAUCAGGAACGCCUCUCUUCGGCAGCGGUACAAACACGGGCAGUGGCUUUGGAAACACUUCCAGUGGCUUUAACUCAGGAGGUUUUGGCGCCAACACUUCACAAACCAAUCCCAUGUUUGGAACGCAAAAUAAGGGAUUUGGAGCCACGCCUGCCACCACGGGCAACAGUCUUUUCGGAUCUUCCACCACACCUGGUGCCACCUUUGGUGCUUCUGGAUUUGGAGCGGGAGCUGGAACGUCAGGAUUUGGCGGUUCUGGUACCGCCACCACGGGCACCGGGCUUUUUGGCAGUGGCCAGCAGCAACAACAACCACAAUCCGGGUUCGGAGCUUCUGGUCAGGGAGGUUCUCUCUUCGGUGGGAAUACAACUGGAGCAAGCGCUUUCGGAGCUUCCGCUGGCUCUGCAUUUAACGCAAAUGGUACUGCUCUAGGGGGCGCUCUCCCUCCUCCGGAGGGAACAGCAAACCCUCCAUAUGCCCCUUUUACAGAAAAAGAUCAGGGUUCCAAUGUUACCAAUCAUUAUCAAACUAUAAGUGCAAUGACACCAUAUUCCAAAUAUUCAUUUGAGGAACUUCGAGUGGCUGAUUAUCAACAUGGACGGAGGUAUGGCAACGCCAGCGGUCAGCCGGGUGCAUUUGGAUCCUCUGCUUUCGGGGGAUUCGGGCAACAGCAAACAGCCACAGGAGGAUUUGGCACCUCAACCACAACCAGCCCCUUUGGGGCUACCACGUCUGCUCCCUCGGGAUUUGGACAGACUCAGGCAACUAGUUUUGGCUCUGGCACUUCAUCCAAUCCACUAUUUGGUGCUUCCAAGCCAACCGGUACAUUAUUUGGCGCAAGCACCUCACAACCGGCUUCUGGAUUUGGUACCAACGCAACGACUGGAGGCUUCGGCACUAAUACAGGAAGCACAUUUGGUGGCACGUCGCUCUUUGGAGGCGGCAACCAACAGAACAAACCGUCUUUUGGUUCUACAGGAAGUACAUUUGGGGGAUUUGGACAGCAAAAUACGACAACUACGGCUUCUCCAUUUGGCAGUACUACGGCUUCUGCCCCUGCGUUUGGGCAGCAGCAGCAGCAGGGACAGACAACUGGUACUGGGUUUGGAUUCGGACAGAAUAAUGCCCAAAAUCCAAACAAAGCUUUGUUUGGUGGGUUCGGAGGUACUGGCACUCAACAGCAACCCGCUUCAAACCUAUUCGGUGGCGGAACCGCCACUACCCCUAGUUUGUUUGGGGGUCAGAAUAACCAACAGUCACAACAAAGUACACCGUCCCUUUUUGGCAAUAAUGCGAAUCAGCAAACUGGCACCUCAGGUCUUUUUGGAGGCGGCAAUCAGCAGCCGCAACAGGAACAAAAACCUGGCUUGUUUGGCAACCUGGGGACCAGUCAGCCUGCCACUGGAAACCCCGCAUUUGGGGGUUUCGGUUCCAAUCAACCUACACAACAGCAACCCGCCGCCAACCUCUUCGGAAAUCAACCCCAACAACAACAACAGAAACCAGUCCUCUUCGGAAACACAGCGACGCAGCAGACUCCUUUUGGACAGACUAACACUGCUGUAGGAGGUGGCAGCAGUUUAUUUAGCCUCAGUGGAAUCGGCCAGACUCAGCAGCAGCAGCAGCAACCUGCUGGAGGCCUUGGGAAUAGUCUCCUGAGCCAAUCCCAGCAGCCUCAUCAACAGCAGCAACCCACUGGUUUGCAGGCGUCACUUCUCGAUGGAAAUCCGUAUGGCAGCCAGUCGAUUUUCUCUGGGUUGCCUCCUCCCAAUGCCCCGUCUCCAGGACCUCUGGCUACCCCAUUGUCUGCUACCAUUCGCCAAAAACAACGUACGCCUCUGCCGGUAUACAAAAUCUCCCCCAAUGCAGCUAACCGGCUCAUUACCCCACCAACUCGUCAAGGUUAUGGAUUUUCCUAUUCAACAUAUGGUACACCAUCAAGCAGCGCUAGCACUCCAAACGGACUAAGCGGCAGUCUGCUCAGCGGCAGCUUUGGUCGGAGUUUCAGCAAGAGCAUGUCAUCUAGCAAUCUCCGUAAAACUUUUGACGCUGAAACAGAUAGCAUCCUUUCGCCUGGAGCAUUUUCCGCUGGAAACUCGCGAUAUUCGAGCUCAAGUCUUAAGCGACUUACGAUUGAUCGUAGUCUUCGAACCGAUCUAUUCUCUCGUUCCAUCCAGUCACAGGCCCUCACAAACGGUGAUGACUCCCAAGGAUCAAGCAAGCUCAAAAAGAAAGUUAGCUUCGAUUCGCAAACUGCUGGUGGAGAUUCUGGCACUGAGACUGAUGGUACUGUUGCCCGCGUUGAGACUCUGAGCCCUGAACCAACUGCUGAAGAAUUGGGUUUCUUGCGCUCGUCUCGAAAGCAGAACGCUGAAGUCAAUGGAACAAAUGGUGCUGCCAAGGAAGUCAAUGGCGUUAACGGAGUUGCAGGCGGUGCAGAUGAGAUGGAACAGGUUCGAGGCAACGAACUUGCUGUUGUGCCGGAAGGAAUUGAGCACGGCGGAGCCGUUGUGUCACCUACUGGUGAAAUCCUCGCCAAUGUUCCUCAAGGGGACCCUAAGCCAGGAGAAUAUUGGAUGAAGCCUUCUCGCUCUGAACUCAGCAAGCUACCCCGUGAACAACAGAAGCACUUUGUUGGCUUGACUGUUGGACGUGCUGGUUGUGGUUCUGUUACGUUUGAUGAGCCUGUGGAUCUUACUACAGUAGAUAUCGAUUCCCUGUUUGAUAAGAUUAUCAAAAUCGGCACCCGAUCCAUCACAGUUUAUCCUGACGACGUUGCUAAGCCCCCUCGUGGCAAAGGCCUAAACGUCCCAUCGACCCUGCGAAUCGAGAACUCCUGGCCCAGAGGUAGGGAUAAGAAAUCGCCGUCGCCCAUGACAAGCGGUCCUGCCUUCGAGAGACACGUCGAACGAUUGCGAAGAGUUACCAACACGGAGUUUGUCGUCUACGAGAAACUUACCGGAACUUGGGUCUUCAGAGUGCCUCAUUUCACAACAUAUGGCCUUGAAUAUGAUGACGAUGAAGAAGGUGAGAACUUUGAUCAAAGCAUUUUGAGUGCACCUCCAGUUGAUACUCCUACUCCAAAGGCUCGAACUCCAACACAGCCGUCCAUCUCCCAUUCUGAGAUGAAUUCCACCAUCUCAAUCGACGAGUCGUACAUGGAUGAUUCCACGGCGGGAAUGGAGGAUGAUACUUUUGAGUUCAAGAAACGCAAGCUCGUUCCGGGUGCGUUUGUGGGUCAGGCUGCAAACGAUAGAAAGAUGGGAGAAGUGGAUGAUAUGGAGACCGACGAUGAACAGGAGUCUUUUUUAGAGGAGCGCUCCACGGAUUCCCGUUCUGAAAGCGGGAGCCUGGAGCAAACAAAUAGUCAAGACAUUACUGAAUCGGAAGGUGAAUCACUAUGUGAAUUAGAAAAGGACGAAGAAAUGGAUGUAACAAUGGUCGGGACUUUUCCCGUUCAGGAUUCUGCAGUGGAGCAAAUGACAAAGGUCAAUUCCCCGAAACCUAUUAUUCAGCUAUCAGCUCAACAUCGUGGCACUCCUCCCAAAACACACCUGGACUUGGGAGGGAAUUGGGCAGAGCAGUUGCAACGAACCAUCAGCCCAAGAAAACAGGAUCGUCAGGCACUUCGCGAGAUUCAGGGAACUGUGUUUGCGGGCAAAAACGAGAAUGAUAUCUCGACAAACUCCGCCAAACCAGCUAAAGAGGUUAGCUUCGCGACAAGUAUAGAUCUUAUGAAUUCACUAUUUCCACGAGCGACUACUGGAGGACAAGGGAAAUUGCAUGGCAAGACUGCGAAGGCUAAGGGUUUCCAGUGGCCCUAUGCAAAGCAACCCAAAUCAGUUGGCGGAAAUGUGAAGGACAUGCCCGAAAGUGAUAUUAUGUUCCAUAACUCGUUCAAACCCAAAUUUGGCUGUAUGGAUAAUCUCAUUUGUCCUAGAGCACCGGGCUCUAUUGCCCGGUCUGAGGCACCGUGGAACCAAGCUGGUGGACUUUCUUCUGAAGGGAGAACCAUUGUUCUUCACAGCUAUGACACACCAACUCCGCCGCCAAAUAUGCUACACGAACAGAAAUCCCGGAGCAGCAUUCGAAUUGUUAAUAACGUACCGUUUGCCCGAAUAUCCAAGGUCGAAUUUUCAGCUUUGGCUGACUCGGUUACUGGCAACUCACCAGCAGCCGAUUUAGAGAGACAAGUUUGGCAGUUAGCCAAUAUUCUUUUCAAUGAUGAUAUCCAUGACGAUAUAUCGGCUGGCGUUCCUGAAAAUCUGCGCCACCAGUAUCGCCAUCGUAUCAAAAAAGAUAGGUUGGGCCAGCUCUGGCAGUCUAUCAUCCGUGAUCGACAUGCAAAUGAAAUCGCCAGCAUCAAGUCUCCUGAAGAGCGGGCAAUCGCAUUCCUGUGCUCCCAUCGCGUUGAGGAAGCUUGUAAAACACUUGUUGAAAGCAGAAGCCUUCAUUUGGCCACACUUAUUACUCAGAUUGGCCGCAAUGGUACGAUCCGCAGUGAUAUGCAAGAGCAAAUCGAAUCAUGGCGCAAAAAUAAUGUUUACUCUGAAAUGAGCGAGCCAAUUCGCGCACUUUACGAACUACUUGCUGGCAACUGCUUGCGCAGUGAUGGCAAACCCGGCGGAGCACUCGAGGACAGAGCUUCGACUUUUUACCUGUCUGAGCGCUUUGCGCUUGACUGGAUCCAGGCUUUUGGACUUAGACUUUGGUAUGGCAUUGUUGAAGAAGACCCUAUUGAAGCAGCAGUGGAAUUAUUUUACCAUGAUUUGGCCGAAGGAAAUGAGCCAGCUUAUCCUUUUUCAGCUUCGUCGUCGGUUUCUACUCGUAAUGAUCCUCUCGAAUCUCCUCUAUGGGUAUUGUUGAAAGCAUUCACGGUCGCCUGCGGACGGAACGAAAGCCCUAAAAUUCCACCAAUCCAUCUUCCCGAAGCAAUCUUGCCAGACGCUGUUUCCGGAAAUCCACUGCACAAUCGAUUUUCAUUCCAGCUCUUCCAUCAUCUGCAGGCCAUAAUAGGACAUGUCGAUUCAGUGAUCAUUAGUGAAGCCCGAGCUGACCAGGUUACAUGGGAUUAUGCCUGGGAACUUGCUGCACUCGAUCAAUUCCCCGCGGCUAUCUUCAUCCUGCUGCAUCUGACGGACUCCAUACCACGCGAGCGCAGUGUCAAGGAAUUACUCUCUCGCUUCGCCGCAUGGCUUCCAUCCCCCACCUUUGAAGAUGGGACCCCGAACCCCACGUGGGGAUACAUCGUCGACGACCUCCAAGUCCCCAGAAGCUGGAUCUGGGUAGCUAAGGCAUUGAAUGCCCGUAACCAAUACGAAUCUUCAAACGAGGUGCAGUUCCUCAUCAAUGCCAAAAAUUGGAACGAAGCGCACGACACAUUCCGUCGGCUAGUCGGGCCCAAGACGGUUAUUGAGCGGGACUAUGCAACGCUCGAACGAUUGAUUUCUGGGUUUGGUGAAUCUCCCGAGCGCAAGGUGCGCGGUUGGGCGAGUGGGGGCGCGGUCUAUGACGACUACUUGCAUCUCAUUACGGCGAAAGGCGGGCGGCGUGACCGGGUUCGUCUGAAGAGAUUGGUGUCUGCUCUGGCGACUUUGUGUCAGAAGUUGGAUAAUGAGAAGAAUAUCGAUUCGUCGAAUGCUACCGCUGCUAGCUUAGAGGAGACGGUGGCGUUUAGGGAAAUUAGUCGUGUUGUUGCGCAGUGGUGUGCUAAAGAUCCUGCAAAUAUUGUUGAGCCAUCGUCUAUUCUUAAUCUGCAGCUGACGCAGGAUACUCGACUCUUGCAUACGGCAGAAAUGAGCAGGCGCUAUUACAAUAUUAUCAUGGCGACAGCCCAUUGA